AUGAGCGUCGCUAACGUCGAGCAACCGCCGCCGUUACUAUUCGGACAGCAACCGCCCUCGUCUCCGCCCUUUUCGAGCCCUCAGUCACCCAACGAAGCACACCACGCACAACAUCCCUCCUCUCCGCCUCCGCAGUCCACUAACGACGUCGACAUGAGCGCUUCAACCACAUUCCCCCCAGCCGGCCAGAGGCACGACCGGGACGAUGCAGCCAUGCAAGACGGCCUGACAAAUGGCGUCCAGGCGGAUACGAACAGCGGAAGUCGCGAGCCGCCCAACAACGUCGCCGUAGAGGUCGCCGCUGUACCUGCAGACGAAGACGCGAUGGACACCACACCAGACAAUUCACAGGGCCUGGUGCUACCUAAUGGCUCGGCGGAUCCUCAAGAGGCCACUGGCAUCCCGCAGAGCUCACCGGCGCCGAACGGGGUGGCUCAGGACACCCCGCAGAACAGCGAGCAGGCGCCACCAGCGCCGAAUGGCGAUGCGCCUCAGACGGACAAUGUUCCCCCAGCAGAAGUGCCUCCGCCAGCCGACCCCACCCUGCAGCCUCCGCCUCCUCCUCCACCCGUAGAACCCGCCCGCACCGAUUCCGAUUCGUCUGAUGAUGACGACGGGGCCCAACCGUGGCACCCAAUCCCGGAAGACACGUCCUCGCCUGAUGAGACUGAGCUGAAGGAGAUCGAAGCAAGCACCGAGGUCAGCGCUCUAGAUCAUGAACAUUGGGAAAAGCGCGCAUUCCUGCCUCUAGAUGACCCGGAGUAUGCCCCGGGCGCGAGUGGUCGCAUAGAAUGGACCAUUGAUAACUACAACGGCACGCGGGAGAAGCCCAAUCGAGAACUCGUCAUGAAGUCCGAGCCGGUGACCAUCGGCGGUUAUGAGUGGCAGAUCAAGUUUUACCCUAAAGGCAAUGAUUCCGAAUAUCUGAGCGUGUACGUGGAAUGCCUCAGCGUCGGAGACAAGGAGCAAAAGAAAGAGGAUGCGCCAACUGGGACCGAUUCUACCCAGGGCGCUGAUGCAAUGGUAACAGCGGAAGAAGUGGCACCCCCAGGCGAAACCCAGCACACUCCGCUACCCCUCCUUGACUCCACGACGAUGCCGAAGCGCAAGAGCGUCGCAGCGCAGGUCUCUGUUGUGCUCUACAACCCUGGCGAGCCCCGUGUCAACUAUUCGCGUACCUGCCUGCAUCGGUUUUGCUCUGCGUCUCCCGAUUGGGGGUGGACGAGGUUCCAUGGACCGUAUUACGACAUCCCGCACCGCAUCCGAGGACAACGCCAGGCUUUGCUUCGCGACGACAAGCUUGCCUUCACUGGCUACAUUCGCAUUAUCAACGACGAGACAAACUGUCUUUGGGAACAUGCCAGUGCUGAGAAUCCAUGGGACAGCUUUGCCAUGACAGGCCUACAGUCUUUGACGCUGGGGGAAGGCAGCACCGCUCCGGGGGGCAACAUGAUAUCCGCCAUCGCUUCCUGGAUGAUGUUCAAGCCCUUUAGGCAAUUCCUUUACAGCUUCACUGUCCCUGAUCCUGAAACAGAUACCUUCGCCCCACCGAAACCAUUAAUUGGCGCACUGCAGAAGGUGUUGUUCAUGCUGCGGACGCAGGUACAACCCGGUGCCGGCUCGGUCACUUUGGAUGAUGUCCUGGAUGCUCUGGAGUGGUACGGUAUCCAGGAGCGAUUGGACAAGCUGGACGUGAUCGAAAUUUGGGAAAUCCUGCGCCUGAAGGUUGAAGAGGAGCUGCAGAAUACUCCUUUCGUUGACAACUUUGAAGUUAUCUGCGGCCCAAAGCGAGACUAUGCAAACGGUGUGCCCAGCUACCGAGCAUCCGUGGUUGGAGUACGCAGCAUACAAGAGGCCAUCAAUGCGUCUCCGAAUUUAACUCUCCCCGCUCAUCCUCUACCCCAGCUCUUGACGGUUGAGCUCGGACGGCAGGAAUUCGAUACGGCGUCACGGUCCUACGUAAAACUGUUGAAUAAGGUCGCCCUGGAUGACCACAUUAAUGUGCAGGGCACACCUUACACUCUGUACGGCUUCAUAAUGCACAAGCAGACCCUUCAGUCGUACAUUUACCACCCGAUACUCAGACCAGAGGGACCCGGCUCGAAAUGGUAUAGUUACACUGACAGCCGAGACGGCAACAUGGUCAAGUGUUUGACGAAGCGGCAAGCCGUCACCAUGCACGAAGGCAAGCCGGGGUCAGACAGGAUUAUUGGCAACGACCCUAUUGCAUAUAUUGCCAUGUACGUUCGGGACGACGUUGCAGAGUCGGUGUUUACGUCACAUCCCGAUUCCGAACAAUGGCAAGUCCCGAAUUGGAUCCGGAAAGACGUGGAAAAGCAACAGACCACGAACAUCCCUCCACCAAUUCCCCCGCCGGUUUUGGAAGAGCAGCCUUCGCAGUCCAGCAAAGAAGUCGAGCCAGUCGCGGAACCAGCAGUCGUAGAGGAGCAAGAUUUUCAGGUCAUCGAUUCUCAGGUUUUCUUGCAGCACGAGGGUCCGGGGAUCUUCGAUGCUUACAGUUCGAAGUGGCAAUCAGGCUCUUCGGAAUUUGUCUGUUCGGUGAAGCUGAAGGCCACUGAUGGAUGCAAGGAGAUCCGCGAAAAGCUUGCAACAACCGUGAAAGCCAUCAAAGAUCCGCGGCAAAUCAAGUUCUGGUUUCUGGAUCCUACCCGUGGCUCGAUAGGGCGGCCCAAUCUUCUAGGCACCGGGAAGAUUGAAUACUCGAGUGGAAGUUACGAUCGCUACGCAGAUCAGUCAAUAGAGUGGAAUCUCCAAGACUCGCCGUAUUCCUGGACAUCCCGUCGCAUCUGGAUCCAUGUUAUCGACGCUGCAGAUCUCCCCGAGCUGCCGAAGGAGGGGGAGCAUGCACCAUCUCGGCCUCAAGCUGAGCAGGGUGCAGCUUCUGCUCCUAAUUCACCUCCGAAUGAUAACAGCUCCGCUCCGGUCGUUUCUGCUGUUCCUGAAUCCGACGCAGCUCCUCAGCCCGAAGACACGCCAAUGAGCGAACCAGAUGAGCCGAUGCCCCAGCCACCCGAAGUGACGCGAACAGAAGCUCCCGCUCCGGUUCCUCCGAGUAAUCCCGAAGGUGGUGAUACUGCAAUGAUCGAGGUGGAAGCGGCUUCCGUACCGGAUCCUCCAGCGGUAGAUGUUGAACCGAGCAAUGUAGCGGCUGACACCGAAAUGGGUGGAACCCAGGAAGACCUACAUCCACCUCCUCUACCUCCUCUACCUCCGACCGACCUGCAAAUCGAGCCAGCGCCGCCUCAGCCUAUAGAGCCCCGACAAACUCCUCCGCCUCAGCGUGAAGAACGCCAACAGACUCCUCCGCCACCUCCGGACGAGAUCUAUUUCUUCCUCAAGUUCUUUGACCCCGAAAAGCAGAGUCUUGAAGCACGCGGGUCUUAUAUUGCCCAGAAGGCAGCACGGGUCGACACGGCCAUAUCUGCUAUACUAGAUCUACCUUUUGAUAAGAAGAUCGAGCUGUGCGAGGAAGAGGAAUUGACGACGACCCGUCCAAUCAAGGGCCGUCGAUCGUUUGCCCAGAACGAUCUCCACAAUACUACCAUCAUUGUUUAUUCUUUCCCCCAGACCACGGAACAGCGUGAUGCGCUUGCCGCCCGCGCAGCCUUCGCUGAUCUUCAGCCGUACCUCGCCUUUCGCGCACAGGCCCGCAACUUCCCUUCCAAGCUCAACGGCCACUUCACGCACAACUACUUCUCGUCCCAGUACUACAAGGGUGAGAUUAAGAACGGUCACCGACACGGCCAUGGCUUUCGCAUCUACCACAGCGGCGCCACUUACGAAGGUACUUUCCGGUUGUCACAGCGCCACGGUCACGGCCUGUACACCUUCCAGAACGGCGAUACGUACGAUGGCGAUUGGGUGGCCAAUCAGCAGCAUGGCAGCGGUACCUUCGUCGAAGCAGCGACUGGAAAUACGUACGUCGGUGGCUGGAAAAACGAUAAGAAGUUCGGCGAGGGUGUCACGCAUUGGAAGAAUGCGCAAGAAACGGAGCGUCUGUGCCGCAUCUGUUGGGAGGAGGGCGCAGACGCGGCGUUCUACGACUGUGGGCACGUGGUGGCCUGCUUACAGUGUGCGCGACAGGUGGAGAACUGUCCCGUGUGUAGGAAGCGGGUGUUGAGCGCUAUGAAGCUUUAUUACGUGGCGUAA